AAUCUUGUCUCAUAUAUAUUUAAGUACUUGCACUUCACCUUUCUGUACUUUUGGUUCUUUCCUGGAUUUGUAAGAUGGACAUCGUGUUUUUUAGGUUCUAGUCAAUCAACAUAUGUUAGCUGUCUGAUCCAGGACAAGAUUGUUUACUCGGAUAGCAUGUUGACUUUUCUAGUAUGAACAGGGGAUUUAACUGCUGCUUUCGAUAGGCAUUUAGCAAUAUAUGGAGGUUUGGAUAUCUGUAUUAACUCUGCGGGUAUUGGCAAUCGUAUACCGUUCCGUAGUGAUGAAACAGAUGGUACCACCUCAUGGAAACACACUAUAAACGUGAACCUGAUGGCAAUUAUUGAUUGCACUCGUCUUGCGAUUAAGGCUAUGCGAGCAAAGCAGAAGCCUGGAGUAAUUAUAAAUAUGGGUUCUGCAUCAGGUCUUUAUCCAAUGUAUAAAGAUCCUAUCUACUCUGCCUCCAAAGGUGGUGUUGUUCUAUUCACAAGGUCGUUAGCUCCUUUCAGGCGUCAUGGAAUUCGCAUCAAUGUUUUGUGUCCUGAGUUUGUCGAAACUGAGAUGGGCGCAAAAGUAGAGUCCAAAUUUGUCGAUAUGAUUGGGGGAUUUUUGCCUAUGGACUUGGUGGUGAAAGGUGCUUUUGAGCUCAUUACUGAUGAGACAAGAGCUGGUUCAUGCCUCUGGAUUACCAACCGCAGAGGCAUGGAGUAUUGGCCUACUCCCAUAGAAGAAUCAAAAUAUUUGAUAGAUCCUUCAAGCUCCAGCAAGAGGAUCUCACUGAAAGCUGAUCAACAUCUUCAACUUCCACAGAAUUUUGAGAAAAUAGUUGUGCAUACCCUGACUCACAACUUCCGUAAAGCUACCAGCAUAGUGCAGAGGCCAUUGAGAUUACCCAUUGAACCACAUCAAGUUCUUGUAAAAAUCAUCUUUGCUGGUGUGAAUGCUAGUGAUGUGAAUUUCAGCUCAGGUCGUUAUUUUAGUGGCAACAACAAAGACAGUGGUCCCAGUCUUCCAUUUGAUGCGGGAUUUGAGGGAGUGGGAAUAAUUGCCGCAUUGGGGGAAUCUGUCCCUGAUUUGAAAGUUGGCAGUCCGGCUGCAGUAAUGACUUUUGGAAGCUAUGCUGAGUUUAUUGUUGUAUCUUCCAAACAUAUCCUUCCUAUUGCAAGACCAGAUCCAGAAGUUGUUGCAAUGCUUACUUCAGGACUAACGGCAUCAAUUGGUUUAGAAAAGGCAGGACAGAUGGAAUCUGGGAAAAUAGUUCUUGUCACUGCGGCAGCAGGAGGGACUGGUCAAUUUGCAGUCCAGCUUGCAAAGUUGGCAGGAAAUAAAGUAGUUGCAACUUGUGGAGGUAAAGAGAAGGCUGAGCUUUUGAGGGAACUUGGAGUUGAUCGAGUCAUUGAUUAUAAAGCUGAAGAUGUCAAAACUGUUCUGAAGACGGAGUUUCCCAAAGGCAUGGACAUCAUCUAUGAAUCAGUUGGUGGUGACAUGUUCGAUUUGUGCUUGAACGCAUUGGCAGUCUAUGGACGACUUAUUGUGAUUGGCAUGAUUUCCCAGUAUCAAGGAGAGCAUGGAUGGAAGCCAUCAAAUUACACUGGACUCUGUGAGAAGAUUCUAGCCAAAAGUCAAACAGUGACUGGUUUCUUUCUGGUACAAUAUAGUCACUUGUGGAAACAACAUCUGGACAAACUAUUCGAUCUCUACUCUGUGGGAAAGCUGAAGAUUUCCGUGGAUCCCAGAAAGUUUUGGGGCCUCCAAGGUGUUGCUGAUGCUGUAGAGUAUCUCCAUUCUGGCAAAAGUUCUGGCAAGGUUGUUGUUUGCAUUGACCCAAACUUCGAGCUUCAAAAGGCUAAGUUAUAAUCUCAUGGAGAUUUUCUGAAUGUGCUUACAAGGAAAAUAAUAAGAUAACAGGAUUAAGCAUAUCUGAAAAUGAUAAUAAGGAAUCAUGGGAACGAUUAUAUGACUUUCCUCCAGCAUAAGGUGAAUUUACUCUGAAAAAAAAAAAAAGAAAAACACAGGAAAGAAAUAAUUUGGUUAUGCCAGAUUAUCUUUAGCCUAAAUUGAAAUGUUUUUCUUUUCCCCUGAAUCUGAUGUGAAAUAACUUGUUGUGGUAAGUUAGAGGUUACAAAAUUGAUUGUAAGCAAUUUUUUUGAGAAAAAAAUAUAUUUCUUCUGUGUGCA